AGAAAAAAAACGAUACAACAUUCAUUCCUUAUCAAAUUUUUCUGCAAUUCCACGCCUAACAAAUUCAAGUUCAACCUCACUCAAACCUCCUCCAACCAAGAAAAAUGUCGUUUCUCACCACCCCAACAAUUCUCCUAUCACUUUUCCCCGCUUUAGCCUUGACUUUGAUUUGCUACUCAUGUCAGAACGGUUACGAAGCCGAAACGCCUUGUAGCGAUUUACUACCAAUCGGUAUGUGGGAAAGAUGCGACAAACCCAACUCGCAAUGUGUGCAGGCAAUCGAAUGGUUUCAAAACGGUGCUUUACGUCUAGCUGUACGUCAGUGUUGGACCCCGAGUGCCAACAACACGAAAAAUUUUUGCCAAAGUUAUAGAAAUAAACAGGGGAAGUUGAAAUUCUGCGAAGUUUGCACAAGCGACUUGUGCAACAACAAAAACUUGUACAAACCGUUGAAAACCUGUGGUUCAAACAGUUCCACAAGGCGCAACAACUACAAACCUAAUCAUUAAAAAUAGAUAAAAAAAAUAAUUGUUACUUUAUCACCCUAUAAAUAGUAAAGGAGUGGCGUUUUUCGCGCAAUUGUCACAAUGAAACGUUUCGUUUUGUUUGCAAUACUCCCAGCUUUAGGGUUUACUUUCUUGUGUUACAACUGUCAAAACAGUUACGAGGUUGAAGGGACGUGUAGUACUUGGUUACCAUACGGUAAUUUCCUAGAAUGUGAGGGUAAAGGGGCCCAAUGUUACCAAAGCAUUGAAUGGUUUCAAAAUGGGUCCUUGCGUUUGGUUAGGAGAGGUUGUUAUAAGCCGGGCAAUAAAACAGGGUCGUACUGUGACACUUACGAUAACCCAGUUGGUGAAUUAAAAUCUUGCAAAACUUGCAAAAGUGAUUUAUGUAACAUGGAAAAAAUUCUCAAGGCGAAGAAAGCUUGUGUCCCUGAAUUACUUAUCACUGUGAAAUAAAUUCCAACUUACAAUUC